UGUCUUAAAGAUAUGUGAUCAUUAAUGAGUCUUCAGAUUUCUCAAUUUAUAGCUAAAAUGGACGCAUUCCUUACAUUGCAAAAUUUACAUUGAGGGGAGGGUAGACACUAGUAUUGAACUAUUCAUGAUUUUAUGCAUGAUUGUCAACACAUACGUCCUUAUAUCAGUACAUGGAUAGCUUCAAUAGAGUGAGAAAUACAUACUUACAAUAUAAAUCAAUUCAUUGGAGAGUUUAGGAUGGUAUUGUCUAAAAGUAGGCACCAAAUCAGUGUAGGAAAAAAGAAGUUGGAAAUUAAUAGGUCAUCAAAGGUUAAUAGUCAUGUAAGCCUAAGUUUUUUCCAAGACCCAUGAGUAUUGAUUCCUGUGAAUUUGACCGAUUCAGCACUUGUCUCUCUCUCUCUCUCUAUCGCAGCAGUCCUUUAUUUAGAUCUACGGCCCUUGAACUCUGAUCUAAACUUACUGGCCGUAGUGUAAUUGUUGUUGACAAAUGAUGUCCCUGUGUGAGAUUUAUUGCCCUGCUGUACAGACAGAUACACAGAGAAGAUUGCCUAAUUAAAGACUGUCUGUUACUGCCUCCCGGGACAGGGGGGCCUGAGAUCAUUCACACUGCUAGUGUGGAGCUGACAGACAGAUUGGGAAAGAGAUGAUUAGGGAUGAAAUGCAGAGAUUGUUAUUUCAACAGAAGAAGUUUUAACAAAAAUGAAGUUGCUGAGUUUUCCUUGACAGCCACCUGUAUGGAUGUGUAUAAUGCAGAAGUCUGAUCAAUGACAACAGACUACGGCAGUCUGUGUCAUUGAUGGAGACAGGUAUUGACUGAAAAGUUAACCGAACGAGUGAGUGAUUACUGGGUCUUUUGACUCGCACACAGAGAGAAUGGGGGCCAUCAAUAGCUGCUGCAUCCCCAAACAUUUGGAGGUGGACCCAAGUACCCCAAAAGUGAAGGGGCAUAAGCGAAACUUGAGUGCAGCUUUUAAUAUGUCUGCACUGCUUGGGGAUGAUUCUGCUCAAAAUCUGUUGAAUAUAAAUUAUGCUACGGAGGAAGAGUUGAUGACCUUGCCUGGGAUCAACAGAACUACAGCAAAAGGGAUUAUCGAGUAUCGCAGGAAAAUUGGAGGAUUUAAGAAAAUUGAGGAUGUGGCUUUAGUGUCUGGUGUCGGUGCAGUGAAGUUGAAUUUGAUUCGGGAUGAGAUCACGGUGUCGAUUAAGCAGUCGGGUAGUUCUGGUCCCCCAUCAGAGGAGAUCUCGCCGACUGGAAGCCGGUCAGAUGUGUCGUUUAAAAGCGAGACUUCAAGAAAAUCAAAUGGGAAAAUCAAUGUGAAUACUGCUAAUGUUUUCCAGCUAAUGAAAGUCAAAGGAAUUGGACAAGUUCUUGCUGAAAAUAUAGUAACAUAUCGGGACAAAAAAGGACGGUUUAAGGCAAUCGACGAUCUUAUUAAAGUGAAAGGAAUUGGUCCAAACUUACUUAGUGCAAUAAGAAACCAGUUAGCUGUAGAUGAUAGUGAAAGCUCAAAUAAUACUCAACCAAAUGGACAUCUACCAGCAUCUGCUGAAAAUGAUAGGAUUAAUACAGUUUCACCAAAACCCCCUAACACUGACCAUAAUAAUCACAGUAAUUGUAGGAUAUUAUCAACGUCCACAGAAAAUAUGUUAGACAUUCUACAACCUAUUUUCAAAUCCGGUGCAAGACCCAAAGUCACACCUUUUAAUUUCAAGCACAAGAACCGUUCAGUGGUUAGACUUGCUUCGUGGAAUGUGGAGAGAUUCGAUGGCGAGAAGGCAGACAAUGUAGGGGUCAGGGAGGUCAUUUGCAUGACUAUACUGGAGAAUGGCUUUGGUGUUGUUGCAUUCCAAGAGUUAGCAGAUGAAAGUAGCCUUAACAAGAUUUGUGAUGAAUUGAACAAUCCCACAGUCCCCCGCGUUAAGAGUUGGGCAGGAAAGCGAGGGGCGUGGAAAUGUGUGGUGUCUAAGUCAACUGGGAGGAUGUAUAGAAGUAUGGAAUACAAUGGUUUUCUGUAUGAUACAUCACAAGGGAUUUCCCUGAAAAGUUCUGCUAUUUUGGAGAAGCCAAACAAAGCCACCAAAGAUUUUGUUCGUAGACCAUUUGUAGGAAUUUUCAAGAUGAAGAGGUUUGACUGCAUUAUAACCAGUGUCCACCUCAAGGCCACAGGGCUAAGCAAUGAGGACCUGGAUCAACUCCAGGCUGAGAUAGACAAGGUGCCCAAGGUUGUGAAGGCUUUAGAGGACCAUUACCCAGGAGAGAAGGAUAUUAUCUUACUGGGAGACUUUAAUUUGGAACCCGACCAGGAAGAUUUCGACUGCUUGCGUAAUAAAGGAUUCUCCAAUGCAAUACCAACAGGAACAUUUACAAAUAUCAGCAACAAGAAUAUGAAAGGUAGUAGGACAUAUGAUCAUAUCUGGCUGACCAAGGAGACCAAGAAUAUAACCUCUGGGAACUCUGGAGUGGUAAGGGAGGGAUUGACCAAUCCCCUGAUCCCCAACGGCUGGAGCUGGGGUGGGGUGGUCAGUGACCACUGCCCUGUGUGGGUGGAGAUCUAUGUGGGCAAGGACCUGGACAUUGCAGACUUAAGCACUGGGGCAGAGGCAAUUAAAUUCACCCUUGGAACGGAAGGAUGAACAACUAAAUUUCAUCUUCAUUUUUUUUUCAUAUCCUCCUUGGAAUUACAUUUCAUCCAUUUUUUUUUAUCAUAUUGAAAAAUCUUGCCAUAACUUUAUUUUUGGUUUCUGUGAACAGAAUUAUUAUUAGUUUUCAAAUUGGUUGUUCAUCAAUUUGGGUUUGAUUACUUGUAUCUAAUUAUGGUGAAAAGUAAAAUAUUUUUAAAUGGGCAUUUGUUGAUAACCUUGAAAAGGCACACAGGUAAUUUAGCUGUAGAAUUAGUAAAUUAAGCAUUAUCGUUUCCUACAAGACAAUUUCUAAGGCUGACAAAGUUUUGUUUUCUCAGUAUGUCUUUGUUUUAGAACAUUAUUUGAUUUUACCACCAAACAUUUCAAAAUACACUGUUGUAUGUCUUUCCCUACAGACAUAUCCUGUAAAUGUAUUUUUAUUAAAAAUCUUUUUUUUAUGUACUGCACUUUUAUUAUUUUUUUUAAGUCUUAUAUUAAAAGAAAUUUUUCUUAAAGUAAUCAAUGAAAUUGAUAUUAGUUUAAUAAGCUAUCAUUGUAUCUACCCAUAAAACCAAUGUGAUACAUGUAUAAUAGUUUGUAGAUAAUUGUGUAUGCUUAACAUAUACUUACAUAUAUUCUUUCAUCAACAAAAUGCAAUUUUUUUCUCUUUGUGAUUUUUUAAUUUAUUGAAUGAGAUUUUAAAACAAUGCAUUCUUGCAAUUUAUAUAUCACACUUGUGUGCCAAAAAUGAUUUUAAUGAUAGCAAAAUAGCCUUGUUGUUAUCAUGAUAUCAACGAUAUCAUUCACAAAAUCAUCAGGCUUUAGAAUUUCAUCUAUUAUAACCGUAAUCCAGUGGCUUAGAUAAUGUCUGGGCCUUUCGUGUUAAAUUGAAAGAAAAACUCUUGUUAAAGACUAAUGAAUUGUAUGCCAGUAUCCAAAUACAUUUGAGUGUAUAUACAUGUAAAUGUGUGUAUUUAUAUAAUGUUUAGUUAUCUAAAUAGGGUAUUAAAAAUAAGGGUUUAAAAGAUUUUUCCAUAUUUACCUUAUCACAUUACAAAUUAUUAAAAUAUCAUUUUAAAGCUUACCGUAUAUUGUAGCAUGUAACAUUUUAUGACACAAAAGCAUUACAUGUAAAUAAGUGUCAAAUGUUUCCAGACAAUCUGUGUGACAAAAUUCAGUCAAUUUAAUUACAUAUUUAUGUGAACAAUCAUGACAAUACAGCACAGGUACAUACUUAUUUCAAUUAUUUUUUAUUAAUUUUUUUUUCAAUGAUAUAAUUUGAUCAUAAGGUUUAUUUUUAAUAUCUUUUGUUUGAGGGAAAGAUAUUUACUUUUCCUAUUUAUUACAUUAUUUGAUUCAUCCAUUGUGAUAUUAACAAUGCAUUUUAUGUCUCAGCAAUAUCUUCAUAUCCUUUCCCACCAUAUAUCAGUGAUGGAUGUUGAAUGUAUUGAAUUUAUUCAGAUAUGGUGUGAUUUUUGUUAACAUUUAAUUGCUCAACAAUAUUUCAUGUGCUCCAAUUUUUAUUGAACUUAAAAAUUUUCAUUCAUAAACUCUGUUUUUCGUUAGUCUUGUUUUUACAUAUACAUGUACUGCAAUCAAGUAAACUCAUUUAAUGAUUAAAACAUUAAAAGUAACUUUAAAGAAAUAUCAGAUUUAUGCUUAGUACUUUAAAUGUUUUAAUUGUAUGUCUUUUUGAAUGAUCAGUUAAAAUCUAAAAAUGAAAUUCUUCAGUCUCCAGUAUUUUAAUACAUUGUAUGUUCCUGUGAGGAUCUCCUUGCGAAAACAUCAAAUAUACAACAUUUCAUUUCUGAAAUUCCACCAGUUAUUAUAAAGAGUUAACCAUGAAUUGAAGUUUACAAAUUUAUUAAAAAUUCUUUAAUAACCAAUUUAAUUUUCAAUUUUUGGAAAAAAAGAGGACAUUCUGUCGUUAAGAGAAAGAGAGUUUUGUCCUAGAUGGGUAUUUAAUGAAGCAUUAUCUUAUUGUAUUGCAUUGUAUAACAAAGUUAAUGCUAUUCAUCUUAAUAAACUUGGUUAGAAAAUGCUACUGCAAUGUCAUUAAAAUGACUCACAGUAUAUUCUUGAAAAUAGCAUUUCUUUCUAAUUGUCAAAAUGUUUUUAGUUGAAAAUGAAAUCUUUAUGAAAUUAUUUUUGUUUUAAUUCACAAUAUUUCCUUGGUUUUAAUGCUAUUGUUUUAUUGAUAGAAGCAAUGUGGCUGUAAACAGAAUUAACAUAAUCAGGCCAGUGGUGGAGAAAAGAAUCAUGUUCAAUUAUCAUAGACAAAUAAAUAUCAAACAAUGAA